AUGCAACGCUCAGCAAUUCUCAUUCUGUCAUUUCUGAGCGUGCAUGCACUAUGCUGGCCAUACACGGAGUCGCUCACUGAUUAUAAUCUUAACGAAAACAAAUCCGCCAAAGCUCCUAUCGAUUAUUGGGGAGUAUGGCCAGACCACGAUUAUCAUCCGUCACCAGACAACUGGCGCUUUCCCAUCUACACCAUAUUCUUGGAUCGGAUAUCGAACGGUGACCCGACAAAUGACGAUAUCAAUGGAACAACCUUUGAGCAUGUUGUGAACUCAAAUCAGAUGCGUCAUGGAGGCGAUCUUGAUGGUUUGAUUGAUACGUUGGACUACAUCCAGGGCAUGGGUUUCAAGGCUAUUUAUUUCGCGGGCACGUAUUUGAUGAACCUGCCUUGGGCCUACGAUGGCUACUCCCCCGUUGAUACCACCCUGCUCGACAUGCAUUUCGGAACGCUUGAGGAUUGGAGACGAACUAUUGCCGAGAUUCACAAGCGGGAUAUGUACGUCCUGGUGGAUAACACCUUGUCAACGAUGAGUAACUUGGUCGGAUUCAAAGGCCACCUGAACGAUUCAGCCGAUUUUCGCGCACAAGAAUACGAAGUUGAAUGGGUCACAGACAGAAAGUAUGCCGAUUUCCAGUUUGGAAACGAGUACAACGAGACUUGCGACUACCCCAAAUUUUGGAACGAGACAGGAGACCCAUUAGUGUCCGGUGGAGUGCAGGACCUCAAGGGUUGUUACAACAGUGACUUCGAUCAAUAUGGAGAGCUUGAGGCGUUCGGCAACUUCCCAGACUGGCAGCGUCAGCUUACCAAGUUUGCCUCCGUGCAGGAUCGCUUGCGCGAAUGGCACAAGCCGGUCCGAGACGUCCUCACUAGACAUUCAUGCUUCCAAAUUGCUAGUCUCGAUAUUGAUGGGUUCCGCUUUGAUAAAGCCGUUCAAGCAACCCUUGAACCAUUGAGCGAGAUGACCGCUGUUUACCGCGAAUGUGCGAAACGGUUUGGCAAGGACAACUUCUUCCUUCCAGGUGAAAUUACGUCCGGAGAUACAUUUGGCAGUUUAUAUCUUGGCCGUGGGCGUCAACCUGAUCAGCGCCCGAAGGAUGCAGGCGCUGGUGCUAAACUGACGAACAACUCGGACUCGCACUUCCUGAGAGAAGAUGGGUUGCAAGCAUUGGAUGCAUCCGCAUUUCACUAUACCAUCUACCGUUCAAUGACCCGUUUCCUAGGGAUGGAUGGUAACCUAGUCGCCGGAUUCGACUUGCCCACCGAUUUCAUCGAGGCCUGGAACGAGAUGCUUCGGUCCAACGAUUUCCUCAAUGCAUUCACUGGCGAACUGGAUCCGAGGCACAUGUAUGGCGUUUCAAACCAAGAUAACUUCCGUUGGCCGGCAGUCAAGAAUGGCACUGAUAAGUUCCUUCUCGGUCUGUACAUCGUGUCAUUGGAGCUCCCGGGAAUCCCUCUCAUCCUGUGGGGCGAGGAGCAGGCGAUGUAUGUCUUUGAUGCCACUGCAUCCAACUACAUGUUUGGUCGGCAGCCCAUGACAUAUCAAACCGCAUGGUGGACUCAGGGCUGUUUCAAUCUGAACACCUCAAAGUUCUAUGACUUCCCCAUCGAAAAGGGCCUCCAUGGAUGCAACGAUAUAACGGUCACCUACGAUCAGCGAAACCCCGCCCAUCCAAUCCGCAACAUCAUGAAAAGGAUGUUCGAGAUUAGAACGCAGUAUCCCGUCGCCAAUGAUGGUUUGUAUCUUGAAACACUCUCCCAGCUCACCAAAGAGAUAUUCCUUCCUGGUUCUUCCACCACCCCCACAGUCACUGGUCUAUGGUCUGUGCUACGAAGCUACUUCCCUGAGGUCCAGAAAGAAGCAUCCACGGCAACUGAUGGCAAUGGAACUCUCUGGCUGGUAUAUCAAAAUGGAAAUGAAACAGAAACUUACGGCGGCAACUGCACCAACAAAAACACGGCAUUGUUGGCUCCCUUCCAGUCAGGGACAAAGCUGAAGAAUCUUUUCUAUCCUUAUGAAGAGCUCACGCUGAGUGACGGCCCCAAUAGCCAAGAAGAUGGUGGCUAUGGUUGUGUCUCUCGCAUGAAAUUGCUGCCGUGGGAAUUUCGGGCAUAUGUCGAGGCCAAAAGCUUUGUAGAGCCCGGUCCUACUGUUACGGAGUUCCUUCCCGGACACGACGCUCGUUUCCUUUCUGCCCAAGAUGAGGGCGAAACUAUCCCAAUUCAGCUUGGAUAUUCCAAAGAGAUGGAUUGCGACAGUAUCACCAACGCGAUUUCCCUAAAUUCAACGACAGAAAAGGACAUAACUGCCUCUCUGGAUACCUCCAGUGUGAAGUGUACAAAGGUCUCUCCGAGAACCAGCAGUAACUCAUAUGUUGGCGAAGUCCCAACCGUGUGGACUUGGUCUGCUCAGUUGAAAAACGCUCAUCACGGAAUCCAUCAGUUGACAGUCAACAAUAUUUCCUCAUCUCAAGCACACACUAAUUCAGUCGACAAAUUUUUGCUUCGCGUUGGCACUCAGAGCAAUCCCCUGAUAUCUCCGCUUUCCAACUACUCCUCCACACUUGUGCACAAAUCUAGCGACAUAUUCUACAUCCAACAUAACGCGGCCGGUGCUGAUCAAUUUCGCUACUCAUCCGAUUUUGGCCGAAGCUGGUCGGAUUGGACAGCCUAUUCGGGAGGGAACACUACAAUCAAUAUCCCUUCUUGGACUGGCACGAACGACCAGAAGUGGAAGGGGACUCACAUUCGUGUUCAGUACUUUUCAAGGCUCACCGGUAGCAGCGAUUACAUACAAGAAGGUGAUUAUGACUGGGAUGAUACCACUCGAAGAUUUCCUCACCUCUGGUGGAACGGCCCAUACAACCAGUACGGUUACGACGCGGGUCUGGAAAACAAGAUGGAGUAUGACUCUGACACGUCAAGUUGGAAGUACGACUUUGUCUAUGAGUGGCCCGCUGUCGGACAGCUGAAUGUUUGGGGCACUGACAAGGAUGGCAUACCGGAUACUACGGAAGUUUAUGGAGAUGUCGACAGCUCCUCUGUGGUCAAGAAACUUCCCCCAUCGUACCUAUCGUCGAACGUCAUCAAUAUCACGGCUCUGCCUCCAUUCCCGCAUCUUGGCUGGACUAUCUCCCUGGACGAUGGCAACUUGAGAUAUCAACUGAUCCCGGUUGGGUCAGGAUGGCUUCAGCUUGUGCUCUUCAUUCUCUUGUGGCUUCUGCCGAUCCUGAUGGGCUUAGCCGGUGUUCUCAUCUUUAUCAGAACCUUCUAUCGCGUGAAGCUUAACAAAGAUGGUAAUUUGGUCAAAGGAGGUAGAUUUCCGAUCCUGUUCUGGCGGAGAGUCAAGGAUAAGGUCGCCGGGGAGGAUGAAUCACCGAAGAGGCAGUCAGACACAGCUGUGUCGACAGACAUUGCUGCCGCGGGUGUCUCAAGCCAACGACGCACAGUCUUAAUUGCAACGAUGGAAUACGACAUCCAAGACUGGGGGUUGAAGGUCAAGAUUGGAGGUCUCGGUGUUAUGGCCCAGCUCAUGUCCCAGAACUUGAAGCAUCAGAAUCUGAUCUGGGUGGUGCCAUGUGUCGGUGAUAUCGACUACCCGGAAGACACGCCUAUUGAGCCCUAUGUGAUUACGAUUCUCGACAACCCGUACUUGGUGAAAGUACAGUACCAUGUGGUUGAAAACAUCACUUAUGUUUUGCUUGACGCUCCUGUCUUUCGUCAGCAGACUAAGGCAGAGCCCUAUCCUCCCCGCAUGGACGACCUCGACAGUGCAGUCUACUAUUCGGCAUGGAAUCAGUGUAUUGCAGAAACUAUGAGACGAUCGCCGACCAUUGAUCUGUACCAUAUCAACGAUUUCCAUGGGUGUUUGGCGCCGCUUUAUCUGUUGCCAACUCGCACUAUCCCAGUGUGUCUUUCAUUGCAUAAUGCAGAGUUCCAAGGUCUAUGGGCUCUACGAACUUUGCAAGAAAAGAAAGAAGUUUGCUCUGUAUUCAAUAUUCCACUUGACGUUGCAACCAAAUACUGCCAGUUUGGAAAUGUUUUCAACUUACUACACACCGGUGCUAGCUAUCUGCGAUACCACCAACGUGGUUUUGGUGCAGUUGGUGUUUCUCAGAAAUAUGGAAAGCGAUCAUGGGCGAGAUAUCCAAUUUUCUGGAGUCUUGACAAGAUUGGCAGUCUCCCAAAUCCAGACCCCUCUGAUACAGGCGCUUUGGGGGAUAACCCCGAGGCAGAGGCGCCGAUUCAGUCCUACAAUGAACGAAUUAAUGAGAAAUUGCAGGCACAAAAGUGGGCUGGUCUCACUGAGGAUCGCAACGCAGAUUUGUUGGUGUUUGUGGGACGAUGGUCCAAGCAGAAGGGCGUUGACUUGAUUGCCGAUGUCAUGCCAGCGGUAUUGUCUGCGAGGCCACAGGUCCAAUUGAUCUGUGUAGGUCCUAUCAUCGAUCUCUACGGCAGGCUCGCUGCUAUCAAGCUAGAGCGCAUCAUGGAAAUGUUCCCAGGGCGUGUAUUCUCAAAGCCAGAGUUUACAGUUCUACCUCCCUAUGUGUUUUCUGGUGCAGACUUUGCCUUGAUUCCCUCUCGAGAUGAGCCAUUCGGGCUGAUUGCCGUUGAGUUUGGCCGAAAAGGUGCUCUUGGAAUUGGGUCUCGUAUUGGAGGUCUCGGCCAAAUGCCCGGUUGGUGGUACACUGUGGAGUCCGACUCAGCGCGUCACCUUUUGCACCAACUUAGGACCGCGAUCAAGUCUGCUCUUGACUCGUCAGAACAGACUAGACAAGAGAUGCGCGCAAACUCUGCCAAGCAGCGAUUCCCCGUCCUUGAAUGGACUCAAAAACUCGAAGUCUUACAGCGAACUGCAAUCCACCUUCACCAUUCAAAGAACCAGAAUACUACGACAGGCCUCUCUGAGUCCAGCAUAUAUUCUGAAAUGCAGGGCAUGCGAUUCUCGACCAUGGCUCUUCCAAGAUUCAAUAUGUCUUUGGCGGAGGGAUUGGACUCUCCACCUGCGAGAACGUCACAGCUCGGUCAUCCUUCUCUUCAAGAACUGCGAGCGGCUGAACUUCAAGGUACCGAAAGCAACAGUAACAGCAUGCUUGGCCGGAAGCUCUCCCUCGGACGGCGAGCUGGCCCUGGCCAGGGCAGAAAGCGCCUCGUCAAGAAGUCAUUGCGUGAGAGUCAAUUGUUUGACCAGCGUGCCGAAAGCGAUACCACGGACGCUGAAGAUGAAGCUACAGACACACCACAAGAGGAUUACAUUUCCCCGGAAGACGCUGUGGCAGCCGUGAACCGAGCUCUUGGAUCUCAGGAACUUGGUCACUCCCGAAACAACAGCUCCCACUCUCCACGCGGAUCUGAGAUAUCUACACCAGAUUCCUCACGUUUUGUCUCACGGGACUCCUCCCCAGUGAGAACUCCCCUCCCUCACACCCGCAAUGUGUCUGUUCUCUCUUUACCGUCUGUCAUGGGUGAUCACGACCAGUCUGUCUUCGAAUUGCAAAAGGUUGAUCCAACCUUUACUGACAGCAUGGGCCACUUCACACGCCACUUCGAAACCCUGCUGACCAACCUGAAUAUGAAAAACUCUAUCACGGACUACUGCAUCGAGAGUUACUUGAUGAAGAGCGAACGAAAAUUCUUCAACAUGUACAACGAUGCGCAAUUGAAGGUUCAACCCAAGGAACGAGCACUGGAUGAAACCGCUUCGGACGAUGCCGUCGAUAACACGGCGUAUACUCGUGUUUCUCGGGUUCCAAGAGAAUCCGAUCCCAAGGAUGUUGGCGAAAUUGAUGAAUGGCUUGCUCGGCUGGGAUACAAGAGACCGAUCGCCAUUCAAAGGUUUAUGAGACGGCGCGUUGGAAACUGGCCUGUCUACGCUCUCUUCCUCGGUCUUGGUCAAAUCAUCGCGACCAACUCGGCACAGAUCACUCUUCUCGUUGGUCAGGUAGGUGAAACUGCUGUGAAGCUCUAUAUCAUCGCUACCAUCUACUGUGUCUCCACUGUCGUUUGGUGGUUCCUGUUUUAUCGCUUCCCAUCGGUGAUUGUUCUCAGUCUCCCAUGGCUGCUAUACUCCCUGGCCUUUGUUGUUAUCGGCGUUUCCCCUUACGGUAUCACGAGUCUCGGUCGAGCAUGGGCCCAGAAUGUUGCCGCAGGCGUCUACGCAGCUGCAUCCUCUAGUGGGUCUCUGUUCUUUGCGCUGAAUUUCGGUGACCAGGGUGCAGUUCCCGUGAAAGAUUGGAUGUUCCGCGCAAGUCUUAUCCAGGGGAUCCAACAGAUUUACACCGUUGCCCUCUGGUACUGGAGUUCCAGGGUCACCGCGGUGGAAGUUGGGGGCGUCUCCUCGGCUACAUUAAAUACAUGGAAACUCACUGCUGUGGUGAUGCCUAUCGCUGCGGUCUGUUUUGUUAUAGGUGUUGUACUUGCACUUGGCUUGCCCAAAUACUAUCGUCAAUCUCCCGGAAAGGUCCUGUUUUUUGACACGUCCUUAUUCCGCCGGCGCAUUGUCCUUUGGUUCUUCUUCAUGGUCAUUAUCCAAAACUGGUUCCUUGCAGCGGCAUUUGGUCGCAACUGGUCCUUUUUGUGGUCAUCUAAACAUGCGAAGACAUGGGAGGUGGUGCUUCUGGUGGUAUUCUUCUUCAUUAUUCUUUGGAUAGCUGCACUUCUCAUGUUCCGAUUCUUGUCAAAGGAGCACAGUUGGAUCUUGCCCGUUUUCGGGCUGAGCGUCGGCGCACCGCGCUGGGCGCAAACUUGGUGGGGAACAUCUAACAUCGGCUUCUACCUCCCGUGGGCGGGAGGUCUGACAUCUGGAGCCCUCGCCUCUCGUUGUGUCUGGCUCUGGCUGGGUUUCCUCGAUGAACUUCAACAAGUCGGCCUGGGAAUGAUUCUCUUACAAACUCUCACCCGGGUUCAUGUAUGCUUUGUCCUGCUCGUUGCCCAGUUCCUCGGGUCUGUGGCUACAAUUUGUGCUCGAGGAUUUGCCCCCAACAAGGUCGGUCCAGCAGGUAUUUCCCCGAAUGUAGGCUCGUCGGCGGAUAAAGUAGCCAAUGCGUGGUUCUGGAUCGCCCUUUUCUUCCAGCUCUUAGCCAGCUUUGGAUUCCUCUUAUUUUAUCGACGUGAACAGCUUAAUCGCCCUUAG